AAAGAAGAAGUUGUGUUGCAAUAUAAAAAUGCUAACAACAGCUCUCUGGCAAGUUUGGACAUUGUCCUGUGACUCUGCAGGUUUUGUUCACUCAAACAUUUGUGCGAUAAGGACAGAGGAGAAACUGAAGACCUGUGAUCUGUGAUUUUAUUAUGAACACCAUUAGAACCUGCGUCUUGCUUCUCUGUCUCUUCGUUGGCAGUGUCUCCUCUGUGCAACGCCUGAACAAUAUUGAUGACCUGAGAAACACUCACUACAGCAAGCGUGAGCCAAACCAUGGACUCAAACUGCUGUUCUGGUUUGCCCAACAUGUUAUUGAUAUUGAUGAAAACUACACCUCACAGAUGGAUAUCGAACCAAGCCGAGGCGACUACGGAUUCCAUUGGUUUGAAAACAGAGAACGCAUCCUCCCCACAUUGUCCUCUGAAAUCAAAGGUUAUUACUCUGUGGGCAAUCUAAGGUAUCCAAGAGCCACAGAGUUACCAGCAUAUGUGCGAAAGGAUCAUUAUAUCUCACCACAUUCCCCAGACAGCAAUCUAGACAGGCUCAUAGUCUGUGUGAACAGAAGAGAUCCAACCAGGUUACACAGUGUCUUUAUCACGUCACUUAUUUACCAACUGGACGAACUGGAUCCUCACCUCACUUUUGAGAUCAAUCCUGCACUUAUACAUCAAAUCCAAUGUCCUUGUAACUGCACUUCACACCAUUACAAUGAUUAUCUGUUUAGCACCUUGACUAGUAAUAGAAAAGACAUUAAUGAUGUUCAAAAAACCUUACAAACAGCAAAGAUCAUUUUUAAAGAGCCAGGCCUUUCUGCAUUUCUGACAUUAACAGAAUAUGACAUCAAAUACUCUUACAGAAGCUUUGCAGUGAGAUAUCACUGUUUAGCCACCUCUAGUGCAAAAGAAUUAAGCGAGCCCUCAACACAAUGUCAUAUAACUGCAGAAAUUAAAUUAGAGAUUAAAACAUCAGCGACUGGUUUAGCAAAACUCACAUGGGAACACAUUCCUGCUAAUGUAAUGAAAGAAUAUGUUUUCAUAUACGUGGCUGUUUGCAAGAACACUGACUUCAGCAAUGCACAUAAAUAUCAUGAAUGCCCCAAGUUUGGGGUUAAGAGUUCCUCUGGGAGUGUUGAUACUUCAGUUUAUCUUAAUUUUGGUCUUCAACCCCGACUUCUAUUGUACAAGCUUGUUCCAGAGGUCACAAAUGGCAACAGAGGAAUGCCCACUAAAAUAAAGCCUUAUAGAGCAAGUCUGCAGCUCUACACUGAAAACGGUAAAGCAUGCGCUCAGCUUUACAUUAAGAAGACCUUCAGUGAUUGGAAAAAUGUUUUCUCUUAUUCAUGGGUGGGGUUUUACAAAAAUUCACAAGAAGCCAAUGACCAGUACUAUACAUCUAUAUAUGUUGUGAACAUGGAAAAGGUAGAAAAAUAUAGCACAGGGGAAUAUUAUGUUUAUAAAUACCAGUCAAGUUUGGACAUUGCACCUGGAGUUCAGAUCCGCUUUCUGCUGGAAAACAAGUAUGAUGAUAGAAAUGUUUUAGCCCGAACACAGCCCUGGAAAGAUACUAAAUACCCAGUCACAUUGCAAACAAAUAAUGAUGAUCUGCAUCCUGGUCUUCUACCUGAACUAUUACCACACCUGUCAAAUCCAGAAUCGUUUCAUGGGUCAGAGUUUGAUGAAGCCAACGGAAUUAUCCCGAUUAGAAUACUGGGAUUUGAUGCUAGUCUGCAGCUUUACGCUAAUGAUGGUAAAGCUUGUGCUCGGCUCUACAUUAAGAAGACCUUCUGUGAUUGGAAAGAUGUUUUCUCUUACUCAUGGGUGGGGUUUUACAAAAAUUCACAAGAAGCCAAUGACCAGUACUAUACAUCUAUAUAUGUUGUGGAGAUGGAAAAGGUAGAAAAAUAUAGCACAGGGGAAUAUUAUGUUUAUAAAUACCAGUCAAGUUUGGACAUUGCACCUGGAGUUCAGAUCCGCUUUCUGCUGGAAAACAAGUAUGAUGAUAGAAAUGUUUUAGCCCGAACACAGCCCUGGAAAGAUACUAAAUACCCAAUCACAUUGCAAACAAAUAAUGAUGAUCUGCAUCCUGGUCUUCCACCUGAACUAUUACCACACCUGUCAAAUCCAGAAUCGUUUCAUGGGCCAGAGUUUGAUGAAGCCAAUGGAAUUAUCCCGAUUAGAAUACUGGGAUCUGAUGCUAGUCUGCAGCUUUACGCUAAUGAUGGUAAAGCUUGUGCUCGGCUCUACAUUAAGAAGACCUUCAGUGAUUGGAAAAAUGUUUUCUCUUACUCAUGGGUGGGGUUUUACAAAAAUUCACAAGAAGCCAAUGACCAGUACUAUACAUAUAUAUAUGUUGUGAAGAUGGAAAAGAUGGGAAAUGAUAACAUUAUGGAUUAUGAUAUUUAUCAGUACAAGUCCAGUUUGGAUAUUGCACCAGAAGUUCAGAUACGUUUCCUGCUGGACGAAACCUAUGACAACAUGUUAGCACAAACUGAGCCAUGGGAGGGUGCAAACAUAUCACAAAUAACAAUUUCCUGUUUCCAAUCUUAGUUACUACUAUCAGUUCAAAACUAUAAUUGCCUACUAUUAAUACUGUUUAAAAACAAACUAAUGUUUAUGUUUUACAGAUGUGCAUUUAAAGUUCUACUCAGCAGCUAUUUGUUGUAAUAUGGUGUAACACACGCUUUGUUCACAGAUCACUCUGUGACAUCUUCAUUUUAAUGGAUUUAAAAAUUAUUUCAUUUCUCAGGAUGGGAUUCUUGUACACCAUGUCUUCAUAUAUUAAAAUGCAUUUGAAAAUGG